CGUGGGGUGGCGCGCGGUGCAUGUCGGUCCCGAGGCGGACUGUCCCCUCGCUGUGGGGCGCUCGGAGUCUCGCCUGACGCCAUGUUCCUUUGGGCCGUUGCCGCCUGGGGCCUCUAGCUGCCGCAGCCGGUAGAGCCGCAGUCGCCGGCCGGGAGCAGAGCGCGGCCGCGCCCCGUCAUGUCCGUCAAGGAGGGGAGCAAGGGGCCGCCGCCCGCUCACGGCACCAGCGACCGGGCCGUUAAGGCUGUCCCUUUUCCACCAACACAUCGCUUGACAUCUGAAGAAGUGUUUGAUAUAGAUGGAAAACCUCGGGUUGACAUUUUGAAGAACCACUUAGUAAAAGAAGGUCGGGUAGAUGAAGAAAUUGCACUUAGAAUCAUCAAUGAGGGUGCUGCAAUUCUACGAAGAGAGAAAACAAUGAUAGAAGUUGAAGCUCCAAUUACAGUGUGUGGUGAUAUUCAUGGCCAGUUCUUCGAUCUAAUGAAGCUGUUUGAAGUUGGAGGAUCACCAGCUAAUACAAGAUACCUCUUCCUUGGUGACUAUGUAGACAGAGGCUAUUUUAGUAUAGAGUGUGUGUUAUACUUAUGGGUCUUGAAGAUUCUGUAUCCAAAUACAUUAUUUCUUUUGAGAGGCAACCAUGAAUGUAGACACCUCACGGAAUAUUUUACCUUUAAGCAAGAAUGUAAAAUUAAGUAUUCAGAGAGAGUCUAUGAUGCUUGUAUGGAAGCUUUUGAUUGCCUCCCUCUUGCUGCACUUUUAAACCAACAGUUUCUUUGUGUUCAUGGUGGACUUUCACCAGAAAUAAACACACUAGAUGACAUUAAGAGACUAGAUAGAUUCAAAGAGCCUCCUGCAUUUGGACCAAUGUGUGACUUAUUAUGGUCAGAUCCCUCAGAAGAUUUUGGAAAUGAAAAAUCACAAGAACACUUCAGUCAUAAUACAGUCAGAGGAUGCUCUUAUUUUUAUAGUUAUCCAGCAGUUUGUGAAUUUUUGCAAAAUAAUAAUUUGUUGUCGAUAAUUAGAGCUCAUGAAGCACAAGAUGCAGGCUAUAGAAUGUACAGAAAAAGCCAAACUACAGGGUUCCCAUCAUUAAUAACAAUUUUUUCGGCACCUAAUUACUUGGAUGUCUACAAUAAUAAAGCUGCUGUGUUAAAAUAUGAAAAUAAUGUGAUGAAUAUUCGACAGUUCAAUUGUUCUCCGCAUCCUUAUUGGUUACCAAAUUUUAUGGAUGUCUUUACGUGGUCAUUGCCAUUUGUUGGAGAAAAAGUAACAGAAAUGUUGGUGAAUGUUCUGAGCAUUUGCUCUGAUGAUGAAUUAAUGACAGAGGGAGAAGAUCAAUUUGACGUAGGUACAGCUGCAGCACGAAAAGAAAUAAUCAGAAACAAAAUACGUGCAAUUGGCAAGAUGGCAAGAGUCUUCUCUGUUCUGAGGGAGGAGAGUGAAAGUGUGCUGACACUCAAGGGUUUGACUCCCACUGGAAUGUUACCUAGUGGAGUGUUGGCCGGAGGACGACAGACUCUGCAAAGUGAUGCAGAGUAACUGGAAAUAGUGAUGAACAAUCUGAACACAGAAGACCAAGUGACAAACAAAGGUAAGUGUUAUCAGACAUAAUUCAUGGGCUAUAUAGUCUCUGAUAUGUGACACUGGGACAGAGCAAAAUUUGCACCAGUAUCAUAAAUGUGUAAAUAGGGACCUGUCAAUUUCACGGAGUCAUCCUUACCAGGAACACUUUCACUGACCUAAGAGAGGCAGUGUGGGGAGCUGAGAGCCUGGGCUUCUCAUGCCUGUUCCCCAAGCUAUUAAAUUGUCAAGGCUACCCAGUUCCUGGCAAGUACGAGGUCCCUCAGGCUUCUCACCCCAACCUUGGAGGUGGGGGAGGGGGUGAAGCGUUCUUGACAAUUGCAUGGCAGGAAACAUGAAAUUGACAAGACAGCAGAUGUAAGGAACAGUGUCUACACAAAUACUGCCUUGUCCCCAACUACACCACCACGGGAGACGUACAGCUUAUAUCAGUGGGAGGAUGGCUGUAGUAUAGACCAACUCUAGGUUUCCCAAAAAGUGACACAUGCGAAUGCUUUUUCACUAGUUGGUGUCUGCACACUUUAAAGGGGAACAGUCAAGUUAAAUCACUUAACAUGUUACUAAGAACUUAAGAUUUUCUUCUUACCAUUUUGCUAAUGCUUCUACUUUGAGCAUUCCAUGGUUCUGGCCAUGGAAAAGGAAAUAUAGUUUGCCUUUUAAUACACAGCUUUGGGUUUAAACAUUCUCUUGCAGUAUUUUACAUUUGUUUAAGGCUACCCAAUAAUGGCUUAUUAAAUAGCCUGUCUAGUAAUUUACCACAUGAAUAUUCAUUCAUCUGAAUAACAUUUGGGAAGAUCCCAUCAGUAAGUCAAGUCCCUUUAUCUGUUUGUUUUUCAUUUGGCACCAUAAAAUUAGGUUACAGAGUGCACUUAUCAUUCCAGGCCAAACAAUAUCAAGUCAUGACUCAUUCAAGCAGGCCAGCAAUAUUAGUUCAUUUCUGAUUACUUCCACUCUACAAUAUUUGCUGUGCACACACUUAAACCAUUAAUACUUGGACUCAAUUAGGUUAUAUCAUCAUGGAAACUGGUUCUGUAACAGAAAUAAACUGAAGUAGUCCACCUUUCUUAGCCUUGUUUUAAUUUGUAUAGACGUAGGUGAGGUUAUGAUGCACUGUGCCUUGUCACCCUAAAAUGUAACACCACCACUAGCUGUCACCUUCAGCUCCCAACUAAAACCUCUCCAGCACAUCAUCAGAGAUCUACAACCUAUCUUGA